UGAAGGACAGACAACACUGCAGAGUGCGAAGCAAAUUGCCAUUGACCAUUCCGAUGGCUCUCUGCUGGAGAGCCCCACCACGGCCUUUGCCUCUCUGCAGAGGGUGUUCCCUGCAGCCUUAUGGUCUCUAGGGCUGCUGUCUGCAGCCUACUGAGGCGCACUUUCAGACGAGGUACGGACUGACGAGCAUUGGGAGUGAUGUGUGUGGCGUGACUAGGAGGGAAACACUGACACACUCUCCUCUCUCCGCUGCGCCGUAUGGCUGCAGGUUCCUCGCUCAGGGUGCGCCCCCGCUGCUGCAGACGGGCGCCCUCGACCACCUGAGCCUACGGCCUCCAAAUUUGGCCAUUUGAGGUGGUCUUUUCGGCGGCACGGCCAAGGCCACAGGGCCCUGCCGGAAAAGAGCCUCAAAAACACAACUGAAUCUUCUGUAGGCCUUGCAGAGCGAGUGUAGAGGCCACUACGGUCAGACUGGCUGCCUCCGAAGCCCGCACUAGCUGAGCUGCCCUCUGCAGCGCCGUUCCCCAUGUGUUUGAUCCCUCGAUGGAACGUUGCUGCUUUCCGCAGUGAUUGUGUCCUUCACCAUGUUGUGUGCUGCAGGCGAAGGCCUCGCGCGAUUUGACAAUGGUCUCUUUGGUGGAGGGAAAGGAGGAUCGCGAAACCUCAGCUAAGCUCGCAGACGCCCCUCUCCCAAAAGAUCUUCCCUCUUCUCUCUUUCUCUGUCCUCUGGUGCAGUCGACUGGUUACCCUGUGGACCACCUGAGCUGCCUCUGUCCUUGCUCGUCCCCCGUCCUCUUGCCGCCUCACCGUCGCUGUCUUCAUCCCUCUCCCGCGGGGAGCGGUCUCCGUCAUGGACCCCUCCCCUUCCUCCUCCUCCUCCUCCUCCCCUCCCGAUCCCCCUCCCCCUCCCCCUGGUCCGUUCUGGGCGCAAGUCACGGACGGCGCCACGUUCGCCGUAGAUGGCAUCGAAAGCGAGCCACAGGAGGUCAAGGACAUCGUGGAGUACUUAGGGCGGCACACCGAAGGGCGCGUCGGCACCUUGCUCGGCUUCACGGCCACCGAGAGCAACUUCGGCGACUGGAGUGGGGUAGUCAACGGGCGGCAGCACAAUGCCACUGUCGCCCUGACGGCAGACACACCCCCCGAGCUGCUGCAGCAGAGCGUGACCCUCUUCGACAACAUGAAGACGUACCAGGUGGCGGUGCGAUCCAGUGCGGUGGAGCACAUCUCGGGCCUCAAGACCGAUUUCGGGAGAGAGAGAAAGGGGGUGCCGCUCAAGGUUGGGCCUCUCCUAUCGCCGGAGCAAUUGAGGGCCCUCCCCCGUGUGAGGAGCACCCUUCCGGACCACAUCAAGGCUUCAGGAGACAGCUUGGGCCUGCCUAGGCCCGCCGACACCAAGGACAUGGAUUUCAUGAUCAUCAAUAUCGAGCCCAGCAAGACUGUCUUCAGCUUCAUGGACGAGGACUUCUCCAACGAGCUCGCAGGGCUGCCUACCGGCUUCCCGGUGUUCUUUCGGACGGAAAUGAGAGGGUAAGUAGAGAACAAAACAGAAGACAGGAUCGAACACACCCACGAGCGCACCGAAUGUAUGUAUGUCUGUCUGUCUGUCUAUCUGUCUGUCUGUCUGUCUGCCCACAUGCAGGGUGUCAGAUGUGUUCCAGGUCUCAGCUGCGGAGUCGCGGUACGGACCAAAAGCAGCGGGGCUCUGCGCGCUGGCGUCGGCGCGUGUGUUGCAGAAGGAACUGGAGGCCGGCAAGUCAUCUGGUGCGCUCAAACCAUACAAAUGGGACGGGCUACACAUCGACAGACAUUCAGCACGGACCCGAAUGCGUGUGUUUUCUUGUGUGUAUUUGGUCUCAGCUCGGGCCUUAUCUGGUGCGUUCAUACCACCACGACCAGAGGGAGCCCCACCACCACGAUCAGACAAAGCCUCAGCUCGGUCGUGCCGACCACCCGCACGCUCACACUCCCGCUCCCCGUUCAUCCCCGCCCCAAGCGCCGCCCCCACAAGCCACAGCGAGAGCAGCCGCUCCGCACACACAGCAGCAGCAGGUAUGUGCGCCACUGAUGCCCACACAAACAACAGACAUACAUUCAUUCACACACUCAUCGGCUCAUUUUGGCUCUUGUGUUUGUGUGCUGCUGUCUGUCAGUUCCGUCGGCUGGAUCUACCUUCAAAGUACCACCACCACCAGCCAGACCCCCACCCGCCCCACCAGCCGGGCACCCCCCACCACCAACACCACCACACCCACAACGCCCGCUCCCACGGCUCGCACCCCUCCCCCAGUCCAUCCCCGCGCCCCCACAAGCGCCGCCCCCACAAGCCACAGCGAGAGCAGCCGCUCCGCACACACAGCAGCAGCAGGUAUGUGCGCCACUGAUGCCCACACACACAACAUACAUACAAACAUACAUUCACACACACAUCGGCUCAUUUUGGCUCUUGUGUCUGUGUGCUGCUGUCUGUCAGGUCCGUCGGUUGGAUCUCCCUCUCCCUCUCCCUCUCCCUCUCCCUCUCCCUCUCAGCCACCACCUCCUCUCCUCAGUCCCACCAUCUCGGCCAUGUUCUACUACCUCACCUACGGCAUUGCCAAAGAGCGCACCCUGCACCUUCUGCUGACGGAUGAUUUCUGCAAGGAGAUCAAGCAGGAGCUCCAGUACAUCAAGACCCAUGCGAUGGAGUCUCACAGGGCCGGGCCAGACCACAGGCCCGGGCUGGACGCUGCGCCAGACCACAGGCUCAAGGUCCUUGAUCGCGGUGAGCAAAGGGAUGGAUGGAGGGAUGAGGGUGCCACGGCGUGAGGCGAUUUGUGACUGUGAUUUCUCUUUGCAGUGCUCAGCGGCGGGCCUGGCUACGCGUGUGCCUCCAAUCCGACGCUGUGCGAGUACCUGUGCCACAUCAACGAGGUCCUCCCGAUGACGAACAGUGUGGCGAGAGAGUGGAGCGACACCCCCCUCCUGCCUGCUGCUGCUGCGUGGGGGCAUCACGGGCGCAAAGGUGCUGAAGCAGCUCAUGAAGCUGGAUCUGAUCAAGGUGCUGCAUGCGCUGCUCAUGCGCAUCAAGAUGAAGUGCGGCACCAACGACAUCACGCAGGAGCAGACCAGCGCGCUGGUGGACUCUAUCGCCUACAAGGCGCUGGACGAGUAUGUGUCGUCGGAUCGGCCGCAACGUAAGAUGGGUGCACACACAUCACACACACACACACACACACACACAGAUCGGCUUAUUCCUGCUCUGUUUGCUAUCAGUUGGCGGUAUGAUGCGGCGCGAGGUGCAGGAAGCCCCCAAUGCCAGGCAGGACAACACCGAUGACCAGCCCAUGGCCGCCGCCACUGGUCUCGCCGGCGUCAAGCGCAGCCACGACACCAUGACGAGCUCGGCCGCCCCGUCAGCUGACGUGGGCAUGUCGGCUAUGGCCGACAGUGCCCCCGUGGCGCCCGUGGGUUCGAGCGGUGCCCUCCUGUCAGGUGAGACAACACACACAUGACAUGCACAUGACGACCACAGCGUACCAUUCUAUUUUUAUUUCUUUUCUGUCUGCUGUCAGGUCCUUCAAGUGCUGCGUCUGGCCCUCUCCCUCUCUCCCACCCGCUCCCAUCCCCCCGUCUCUGCCGCACACACAGGCGGCCGCCACGGCCACCACCACCAUGA